AAUAACAUGAGCCAAGUUUUUGAAAUUGCUUAGCACUAGUGAGGUAAAAGUGCCAAAACCCAUAUAUUGGGGUCUAAAUGAUAAUGCACCAAAAGUUGAAGGACGUGGAUGCAAGUAUCGCAGUUAAAGUGAGACGACUGUAAAAACACACGCAACUGUCCCAUCAUAUAUACACAUUACACAGUACAUACUAGAAACUAUGAGAGAGAAGAGAGAGAGAGAGUAGAGAGAGAGAGAGAGAGAGAGAGAGAUCGAUUGGCCACCCACCAAACGCUUCCCACACGAUUCGCUUUACUAAUUAUCCGAGGUGUCCUAUCCUCCGUGCCGAUCGCAACUAAUAUCGUUCUUUAGGAACUGUUUAUGAUUUUAAUUACGUUUAAGUAGUUAUCGGUCUUCAAAAUUAAGCUAGAAGAGUUUACCUAUCCAGGAAAUUGUGAUAUGCUUCAUUACAUUUCUGGGAGAUUGCCCGCGAUCUUUGUUUGGACUGGAUUGCUUUACUUGCCGUUUCACAAAUAUAUCUGAUGGAAGAAUUAGUCCAAUGGAUGUAUAUGGUUGAAAAAUAGUACGACCAAUGUAAGCAGUAUAGUACGUCUCGUAUAGGUACAGAUUUUGUAAGAAGUGAUGGAUAAAGAACGACCCCAUCAAACUGUUAUACCCAUUGAGAACCGUAGCUCAACUCCCGAGAAUGAAGAACCGAGGGAUGACAGCUCAUGUGACAGUCUAGACAAGGAAGCUGGCUUGGCAACUUGUCGAGUUUGUCAUUGUGUUGAAUCCGAUAGAAGAGGAAAUGUGGCACUAGGGUUCUUGGGUAUUUACCCACCGCCCUGUAACCUCAUUAAUGGGAACGAGGAGGUGAAGUCUAACUCGAAAGUUUCGUUGGGAAAUACCGAGAAUGAUUGCCAACACAAAAGUGAUUUAAAAGGAUCUGAGUUGGUUGAGUUUAUUAGUCCGAACGGGGAAGUUUUUGUUUGUACCGCUGAUGUAGAAUUGGGCGUGGACGACUACCAAGACAGGUUAGUCGAGCUUGGUUGUUCUUGCAAGAACGACCUUGCUUUAGCGCAUUAUUCUUGUGCACUGAAAUGGUUCAUCAAUCACGGAUCAACUGUCUGCGAAAUUUGUGGGUCCGUGGCGAAAAACAUAAGAUCUGCGGACUUUAAAAAGGUAUUAAGUUCCGUAAAAGAGUACGAUGCGCUGCGAGAAAGAAUUGUUAACGGGGAACCUAAUCCUGCAUCGACCCGAACAAACUUUGGUGUAGAUCCUGAUGCUAUUGCUGCGAUUCGGAGGCAAAGGUUAAGUGAAAUAUCGUUGUGGUUUAAUCCACAUAACAACAGCCAAGUCACUGUGUCCCAUGUGGUCACUGAACAGUCUUCGAAUUCGAAUACGGUUACGGAAGAAGUUGCUCCGGUCGAAAAUAGUGCUACUAAAUGGGCUGUUGAGGGUACUGGAAUACUGCUUGCUACGGGCCUGCUUACGGUUACUCUUGCAUGGCUUCUCGCUCCACAUGUCGGGAAGAGAACUGCCAAAAAUGGCCUGCAUAUUCUUCUUGGAGGGGUCUGCGCAUUGACUGUUGUAGUUUUCUUCCGAUUUUUUGUUCUUACAAGAAUAAAGUACGGGCCUGCUCGAUACUGGGCAAUCUUGUUUGUAUUCUGGUUUCUCGUUUUUGGGAUAUGGGCGUCACGAACACACGGAGCUCAUGCAACAUAAUCCUUUUCUCUCCUUACUAGUGAAUAUGUUUAGCUGUUUUUGUUGAUUUAUUCAUCGAUUGAGGGAUCCUACAAUUUCGAACCUCCAUUUAUUAAAUUAGUGAAUGUAUAAUAUGGAUUAUUUUGCUUUCG